AUGAAUCCAAAUAAAAAGUGUAAAACUUAUCAUUUUAAUCAGGAAUGGGAGUUAGAGUUUUUUUUUGUUGACAUUAAAGGCAAGUGCGUGUGUUUAUUAUGCCGAGAUACUCUUUCAAUUUUCAAACGUGGAAACAUAGAAAGGCAUUACCGAACUAAACAUGCAGAUUUCGAUUUAAAGUUUCCAACUGAUUCCAGUUUACGACAAGAUAAGCUAAAAACCAUGAAAUUAAAACUGAACCAAGAGCAGUCUGUUUUUAAAAAUCCAAAUAAAUUGGCCCAAAAUGUAACUAUUGCUUCAUUCAAAGUAGCAUACUUAUUAGCAAAGAAGAAAAAACCGUUUUCCGAUGGUGAAUUAAUUAAAGAAGCAUUUAAAGAAGCUUCUGACUCAUUGUUUACAGACUUCAAAAAUAAAAGUGAAAUUGUAGGUGCCAUUAGUUCAAUGCAAUUAUCAAGUAACACAGUAAUGCGUCGUAUUGGAGCCAUAUCUUCAAAUCAAAAAACUCAACUACAGACUGAUUUAUCAAAAUGUUCAUACUUCAGUUUACAAAUGGAUGAGUCUAACGAUAUGAUUGAUACUGCACAGCUUUCUAUUUUCAUCAGAAUGUGUUUUGACGAUUUUUCUGUUAAGGAAGAGUUUUUAAAAGUCUUGUCGUUAACCGGAAGAACUAGAGGAGAAGAUAUUUAUAAAACCAUCAGAGGUAAGGCAUUAAAAAGACGUCUUUUUCGUGAACUGAUGGACGAAGUAGAUUGUCAUUAUGGAGAUUUACUAUUACAUUCUAACGUUCGUUGGUUAAGUAAAGAAUUAGAAAAUAUAAAAUGGCUUGAAGAUUUUGCAUUUUUAGUUGAUAUUACUGAAAAAAUUAAUUUCCUAAAUUUAGAGUUACAAGGAAAAGAAAAACAAAUUAUUAAUAUGAUAUCAGAUGUUCAAGCAUUUUCUAGUAAAUUAGCAUAUUGGGAAAAUAAAAUGAAAAAUGGUGAUUUCCAGCAUUUCCCUACGCUUCAAGAAACAAUAAUUAAUUAUUCUGAAAAUAUUUAUGAGCCUACAAACCACAUAAAUAUAAUUCAACAUUUACGUUCCGAAUUUAAAAGAAGAUUCAACGACUUUAAAAUACUUGAGCCAGUUGCGCAGUUUAUAUCAAAUCCAUUUUCUGGGGAUGUUGAGACACGAGCGAAAGAAAUUGGAGAUUUGUUUAAUCUUGAUAAAACAGUUUUGGAAAUGGAAAUAAUAACGUUACAAAAUGAUUCAAUACUUAAGAUUACCUCGGAGUUUUGGAAACACGCAAGUGCUCAAAAAUACCCAAAUCUACGAAGUAUUGCCCUUCGUGUAACUUCAUUUUUUGGUUCAACAUGGUUAUGCGAGUCAACAUUUUCGAGUAUGAAAUACUUAAAGAACAAAUAUCGGUCAAGAAUUACAGACAGUAAUUUAGAUUCAAGUUUACGAGCAGCUGUUUCUAAUUACUUACCAGAAUUUUUAAAACUUGCAGGAAACCAAUGCCAAGUAUCACAUUAA